AUGGAGCAACGUGAAUCUUUAAAACGACAAAUAGAUCUUCUACAGAAUCUCAUCGAUAAGCAUAAAAGUGUCCAUGGCAACACGCCGAGACUGCCAGAAGGCUCAUCGUCAUCCAAAUCGAAGACCCAAAGCACUUCUAUCAUUAACGCGCACAGCUCACGUGCUCUUCCGAGUCAUGGUAACUGGAGGAAAAAAUACUCCCUCAAAAAUAAGCACCAUGUAUCCACUCUUUCAUCAUCCUCCCCACAACAACCUCCACACAUUCAAGUUUCAUCUCACAAUGCACAGACUGGUGAAAAAAGUGGUUCAUCCAAACCCUACACUUCAGUUAUUGUGCCACACAAGAAAGAAGAACAAAAAGAAAGUGUUAUUACAGGGAUUCCAAAUUUUGCAUCAGAAAGAAGAGAUUCAUUUAAAAAAGUGGCUACCGUACCACAAUCAGUCCUUUUAGAGAAACGUACUCAACAUCAAAAGCAUCAACAGAGGGCUGCAGAAACUGUUGGAGUUCCACUAACAAAAUCGAGUUGUUCAUCAGAAAGCUGCUCUUCAGGCAAAGCCAGUUCUUCGACCCAGUACUCGGGCAACACGGAACAGGUUGUCCCAGAUGCAAGUUCAGCACCUCGGUUUUCACCUUUUAAGAUCCCAAAUCAAGCUUUGAACGACCACCUUCAGACAUGCCAGGCCACGCGCAGGGUAAUGCUUCGAACCAAAUCCAAGUUCACUUGGGUUAAGAGUCAGAGCAUUGAAGGCGUGGAACCCAAACCGAGCGGCUCAAUUUCCUCAUUCGCAAGUAAAGUUCUAAAAGUCAACUCAACAUUGGCCGCUCAAGAUGGAGCAAUGACCCUUUCAUCCGCAGUUAUUAGGAGAACCCCUGCAAAAAAGUCCCGCAAACUCAGUCCAAUCAUCACAGGCUCCAGGGCGUCCAAGUACAAAUGGGUUUCCUCCUCUGCUGGGCUCCAAGCUAAGACUUUUAGAAAAUCGUCUCCUAAAUCUUUGCCCAACGAUCAGAGAACUCUGGAAAAGGAAGAUGCAAUGAAGAAACAAAAAUCUGGCUCUGUGAUAUCUCCGAGAUUGAAAAGAGGAUUUGUAACUUCCGCUACUCGUUCAUCAUUUAGUAGAUAUCGCUGGAAGGCUGGUAGUCCCAGGUCUUCUUUAGCUGGGGCAGCCGUGCCCCUCCAUAGAUCAACAUUUGUUUGGACAUCGGAAAAAAACAACAAGGGAGCAAAAAAGGGGCUUGUUUGUUCUCCCUUACCGCAGUCUUACUCCAGCCAAUCACCUCACAAUUCAUUCAAACUUCGCAGCAGGAUGAAGAUCAUCAGGAAAUCGACUAAUAGUCCAAAUGGAAGCGGGUCAAUUAAAGGAGGCCUAGCAACGACUGUGAAACACUCCCCAAGGGGCCGAAUACACAGCUUCAAUAGGGCUUCUAUGGGAGCACGGAAGACACCCACUAGGGAGCUUGUGUCUUUUGGGAGACACAAGUUAAGACGACUCUCUCCUACUUCAUCGAGAGCAAGUCCAGCCUUUUCCUUUCACCGUACUCCAGCUCUGCAGAGAAUUUGUAGACCACAAUACAAGAUGGUUAGCCAUCCAGGCUUUGGUUCUUCGUAUAGUCCUCUCUACCACCCAACUCUGUCCUGGAGAGCCAAGAAAAUCCAGUCAGCUAGGAGUUUUCUCCAGAGUCGUCACAGGUCAUCUCUCAAUAGAUAUCCAGAAACUACUCAACACUGGAAAGAAUCUGGGAUGUGUUGGAUUAGGGGUAAUCUUUACCAAGUCUCUGCCAAUAAACUGUCCCGUACAGUCUGUCACAACAUGUCGAUCAACCGAACAGGUUCUAGCUUUUUCCAAGUCUCAUCUGUCCAUUCUGCUACCAAUCGCCCCUAUAGCCCUCGUCAUUUUGCCAGCCGUGCAGUUCAGCGCAGUCUUGCCAUCAUCAGACAAGCUCGUCAAAAGAAGCAGAGGCAGUACUGCAUGUACUACAACCGUUUUGGCAAAUGCAAUCGUGGCAGCAGCUGUCCCUACAUUCAUGAUCCAGACAAAGUUGCGGUUUGUACAAGAUUUCUACGUGGUACGUGCAAACAGCCAGAUGGGGCCUGUCCAUUUUCUCAUAAGGUUGCCAAGGAGAAGAUGCCAGUUUGCUCAUACUUCCUCAAGGGAAUCUGCAACAACAGCAAUUGUCCAUACAGUCAUGUCUAUGUUUCCCAGAAGGCAAAAGUCUGUGAAGACUUUGUGAAAGGCUACUGCCCCGAAGGGGAAAAGUGUAAGAAGAAACACACCUUAGUGUGUCCGGACUUCUCUAAGACUGGUUCUUGCCCUCGCGGAACACGCUGUAAGUUGCAGCACAGGCAGCGUGCCAAGCGAAGUACAUCCACCCAUGUGAGCGCCUGUAGCAGUGAACGCCCCAAGAGGGCCCGUCUGUCAGUUGUAAUUCCCCAAAGAACUCAGGAAACUCCAGGAACACCUGCAAAAAGUUCCCUCGAGCUACCAUCCUUUAUCUCACUCUCAAGCUCUCCCGAAGAGGUAGAUUCACCAGACCCGCUACAUGCCAAGACCACAGCAGUCAAAGGCAGGAGAGCGUGUUUGCCGGGGAAGCAGCUGCAAAAUUACCGCUGGACAAACUGGCUGACGUCGGAGGAGCGCAUAGCUGCCACAUAG